AUGCAGGAAAAGAAGAAGCGAACUAGGGCUAGUCAUCCCAAAGUGCGGACAGGAUGCCAUACCUGCAAGGCUCGACGAGUCAAAUGCGAUGAGCAAAGACCUGCUUGUCAAAAAUGUUUAAGUACUGGUCGAAAGUGCGAAGGGUACAAGAACAGUCACGAAUGGGUCGUUAUUGUUGCCCCUCCAGCCCCGAUAACAGAUGUAUUCGAGGAUGAUCGAAGUCGACGCCAUUUUGAUUACUUUCGGUCCAUGGCUGUUUACGAGCUGUCCUGGUUUUUCGAGGGAGGCUUCUGGGGAACGUUAGUCUUAAACGAAGCUCAUUCAUCGGCAGCAGUCCGCCAUGCCGUCAUUGCGCUAGCUUGCUCUCACGAGGAUUUUAAAGAUAGUUUGACGGUUGCAGCAAAGGCACCACAGUAUGCAUACGCUGCUCAGCAUUACAGCAAAGCGAUCCGCAACCUCAUCAAAGAAACUUCAAACGAUGCCCAGGAUUCGCGGAUGCGCGCUCUAAUCUGCGGCCUACUAUUCAUAUCUAUUGAGAUAUUACGAGGGAACAACAUUGCGGCAUUGAACCACCUGGAUGGAUGUCUAAAAAUAGUUAGGGAAGCGCAAGCAAAGAUGGGCCAGUCUUUGACACCAGGAAGUCCGAGCCCUUGGAAGAAGAUACAGUCCGAGCCAGAGAUUCGAUUAUCAGAGGAGAUCAUUCCCAUGUUCGCUCGCCUUGACAUACAAGCUUCCUUGGUAUUGGGGCGGAAACCCUCCAGCGAACGCUUGGUGCCAAUCGUGUGGCAUCCUUCAAAGCAUAUCCAAAUCGACGAGCCUGAACUCUUUAGCUUUGCAUCGAUCCUUGAUGCCUGUAAUUCACUGCUAUUGAUGGCGAAUCGCAUUCACCAGUAA